UUUACGUCGCGGACCGUCUGUGAUUACUGUGUAAUGACAAUGACAUCAUUUCCUUGGUAUUCCCUUGCAAAAAUCUUUUGAUAAAGUCAUCUCGUCCCCAAAUUCUGGCAAAUCAAAUGAGUAAUGAAUUAGUGCAGCUACGUUAAAGUCAGUUAAUUAGUUGUUUCGAUGCAUUUAGUACUAUCACGAUUACGUAGAGUGUUGGGUUAUUGAUUUUUUUGUGUGUGGAAAAAGUCAUGACGUUGAUGCGCGUUCAACUUAUAGUUUCUUUCAUAUCAUAGAUAAGUGUUCAUUUUUCCAUUAUUUUUUACAUCGUUUAGUCGUAUAUAGUUCCCUUUGUUCAAGUCAUUUCUACUUCAUAUCUUCGUAUUUGGCACGAUGUGUUUCCCAAAGUUGAAACAAUGCUUUUGCUGUUGUUUCCUGAGGACUGGGAUGUUUUACAUUUGCUGGAUUAGUUUGCUAUGGAACUUAUACUUUCUUUACGUUGAAAAGGAUCCUGCAAAUGUACCUGAUAUACUGAGAUUCCUUGAUGAUCAAAAAGCGAUCAGUUUACCAGCAGGGCAACCGUUCAGUCAGUAUAAUCGGUUGUAUUAUGUGACAGAGAUCAUGGUGUUCACAUUUGCCUUGAUUGGGAUUUAUUCGAACUCAUCUUGCUGCCUAAAUCUGUUAAUCGGAAGUGAGACUGUUAUUCUACUCAUGUACGUUUUCAUGACACUCUACAAAGUGAACCUAAGUCUACAUGAAGCUAGCGAUGGAUCCAAUUCUAUAGACCCCAUUAGCACGUUCCUAAUAACAGCAUUCAAAUACUACCUGUACUUAAUCAUCUUGAGCUUCUACAACGAAGUAUCGAACGGACGCGAUGGACGUGGCUUAGGAGGCAUCGUAAUCGCCACCGCAGCAGUUCCAUCGCCUUACGCUCCAGCUUCAGCUCCCAGUGUGACCGAACACACCAUACCUGCAGCUUCUUACAUCGAUUCUCCUUACGCUAUACAGCCUCCUCAUGCUCCCAUCAUUACUCAACCUUGUACAUCCAUCUAUCCACCUCACGAGUUCCCUCAUAUCGUAGUCCAGACUGAUAUCGUUGCUCCUUGUGCCCCACCUCCUUAUCCUAUGCCUCAGCCAGUUGUCAUGAAUGAGAAGCCACCUCCCUAUGCUCCUUAAGGAGACCUAUAUAUAAUAUAUUAUUUUAUCAAAAUCGAACGUUCCCUCUCGUGAGUUUUACGACGAUGUGCUUCCAUAUACGUUACUAUUAUACUGAUGGUGAGUCGUAUAUAGUGGAUAUGUGUAUGAUAUUAUUCUCUUAGAUGAAUAAUUUUCUAAGGUUUUUUUAAGCUGUGAUAAAACGUUACGUUUUUAUUAUCUAUUGAUUGUUAUCGUACCUAUAUAUUGUCUACUCGAUGCCGCCGAUAUGGUCAAAAUGAGUAUUGAGUGCAGUCGUGAAAGUGUCAGUGCUCGGUUUCCUCCUCCUCCUUUUUUUUACAUUAUAUUAUUUUUAUUUAUUAUUCGCAUAUGUACCUAUUCGAAUACUCUUUCGUGAUUACUUACUUAGCUAUUUUUAAUAUUUUUGUAAGCUCGCGUAUGCUUGGUAUUUUUUUUUUGUUCUUUUUUUCAUACUUAAUAAUUUAUAUGUUUUCUAUGAUUAAUUUUUAUACCUAAGUAAGUUAGUAGAUCAUUUUAUUUUCCAGUGCGGAUGUUAUGUUAUCGUUAUUCUCUGGUUGUUUAAUUUUUUUUUUUUUUAAAUGUUAGAAUGAAGCAAUGAACUGAUACUUGGUAUUGUUUAGGAAGUGCAGGGUUUUCAAGAUUGCUUUGUAAUUUAUCACAAUAGUGAUUGUUUCUGUAUGGUUUGCAAAGAGAAGUUAUAAAACAGUGUUGAUGAUUAUUGGUCGCAAGCCACCUGAAGCAUUAUUUUCACUAAAACUGAGCUAUUUUUAUCCUAAUGAAAAUUUUACACUCGAAUUGAACAUUCGAUCACUUCAAAAAAGCAUAGGUCUAUUCAUGAAACUAUAAUGUAACGUAAAAGUAAUGUUGAAAUCGUUUAUCAAAUUUUAGUAACAAAAUACAUUCCUUUUUUUUUUUUUUUUUUUUUUUUUUUUGGAAAUUGAAGAGUGAAUUUGUCAGUCAAAAAGAGCAUUUUUUUUUGUAUCGCUUAAGCUUCAUUUUUACGUAUUUGUGCCAUUUUUCAUUGUAUUUUAUACGUUUCUAUGUAAGGUAUAUUUUUUUAAAUGUUUAUUUUUACAAUAUCCUUAUGAUAUAGUCGUCAGAUUUUGAAAGCUGCCUGAAACUUGAUUUUCAACAAAAAAAAUUUAUCCAGGUGAAUUGUAAUGUAUGUAUUUAAUGAGUACCUAUGAGAUCCAUUUUGGGGAUCCAGUUGAAUCAGAUUGGAUCCUCAAUUAAAUCAAAUUACAUUUAAUUAAAUCUAAUCAGAUCUGAUUUGAUCCGAAUAAUUGGAUCAUCUCAUUCUCAACAGAUCCAUUUUGGUCUGUUUAGAUCCGAUUCGACCUGAACUAUCAAAAUUUAUUUGUUGAGGUGUGCUUUGAUCAUUAAAUUUUUUAGAUCAGAUCUGAUCUGAUCGGAUUCUAACAUUAUAAUUAGAUUUACUUGAGGAUCCAGUUUGGUCUAAUUGGAUUUUAUUAGUUGUAUUUUGUAUUCAUGAUCCAACUAGAUAAACAAUUUUCUAAAAACUGGGUUGAUUUGAAUCCAAAACUGUUUUACUAAAAUUUCAGUGUCUUUUUAAAGAGUAAUAAUUUAAAUUAAAAACAAACUGCUGCUCUUUUAGGGCCCGAGUGACUCUUUGCUCCUUGUUUAAAAGAUUAAUGUGAAUGUAUUUUUUUUUUUUUUUUUUUUUUUUU